ACCAAAACAAAUACAGUCAUGGCAGACAUCCCGCCGAGCAGACAAGAGAAGUCCCUAGGUUUACUGACCUCCAAGUUCGUCUCUCUUCUCCAGGAAGCCGAGGAUGGCGUUUUGGACAUCAAAUCUGCGGCUGAUCAACUUGCUGUUAGACAAAAGAGAAGAAUAUACGAUAUUACCAAUGUGCUGGAGGGCAUUGGGCUGAUUGAAAAGAAGAGUAAAAACUCCAUUGUGUGGAAGGGCGGAGGGCCAGGUUCCAACACUCAGGAAUUCACUGACCGUGCCACCAUGCUUAAAGAGGAAAUUUCCGAGCUUGACCAACAUGAGAAGAUGCUCGAUCAACACAGACAGUACGUACAACAGAGUAUUAAAAACAUUACUGAAGAUCUCAGUAACUAUAAGAUGGCAUACGUCAAUCAUGAAGAUAUCUGCAGCUGCUUCCAGGGUGAUACACUGUUAGCUAUACAGGCACCUUCAGGGACGCAGUUAGAAGUUCCUAUUCCACAGAUGGUAAAUGGUGAUAAAAAAUACCAGAUUCAUCUAAAGUCUGAGAGUGGACCAAUUUAUGUUCUGCUAGUCAACCAAGAUCAGGAGCAUACACCACCUCUAGUGGUUCAGGUCCCACCGCCAACAGCUGUAAUGAAGCAAGAGCCAGUAGGACGGGGCGUGAAAAGAGUAGCUUCAUCUCCUCCUAUUGAGCCGCCUCCAUCACGCUCUCGGGCAACUCCACAAAAGGGUGUCACCGCUCACACACCAACUGCAUGCAGCCCAUCACAUCCUGAAGGUGGUGAAGUAGCAGAAACAGCUCCAGUAUCUCGUAGAGUCCCACGUAAAGCUUCAGCAGGGGUUAGUAGUGUCACGGAAGCUUUGGCACCCAGAAGAGCACGUAAGAGACAGGAAGCAGCAGCAGCUGCUGCGGCAGCGGCACAGUUAUCGUCGGCUGCAUCUGAUAUAGUAGUUAAGCACGAAAAUGUUGAAGAAGUUCUGCCAACCUCGGGCAGCAUCAAGCAGGAACAGCAAGAAGACAGGUCAUCCACAUCUCCAGUAUUUACACAUGCCCCAGAUACUAUGCUGUCAACUUUGGGAGACGGCUUGGUUGAGGAACUAAUAUCAGCAGAAAUGUUUGCACCUUUACUGCGAUUAAGUCCACCACCUUCGGAGCGAGAUUACAUGUUCAACUUAGACGAGACAGAGGGAGUUUGUGACUUCUUUGAUGUUCCAAUGCUAAGUUCACUUAGUACAACAGACUUACAGUGAAUGUCAGGAAGUUGAAGAAAAAUAGUAAUCUAGAAAGUUAAAUGAAUAGACUUUGCAAAUCUCAUUGAAGCAAAAAGUCAAGUCUUUCAGGUGGUAGAAAUGAACCAUACAUUGAGGCAGUAUGGUUACUUGGUGGACCAAAGGCUGGAGAAAUAUUGUACAGUAUUGUAAAUGAUCCUAACACCGUGAGACACUUCUUCACUGAGGAGUUGUUUGCUAGUCUCGGCUCCUAGACUGUUGGUGAGUGAAGAAUGGUUGAGCAUUUAUCGAUUGGUAAAGUAUACAGUACUGAAACCUGGAUUGAAUGGUAUGUGCCGACGGGUAGAUGUAAGGAUGUGACUCGACCGUAAGUAGAUAGUAAGACUUUUCUAAUUUAUGAGAGUAUUUGGGUUUAGCAAAGUAUCUUGAUAGGAUUUUUUUUAAUAAAGUCUUAAUUGUUUGCAUUUUAUAAACUUAUUUAAAGUAUUUAUACAAAAUUUACAUGUGGUUAUGUCAGCUGAAUUGGAACUCAGUUUAAGCAUUCCAUGUCUUUUAUAUAAGUAUUUAAUACAUCUGGAUUUAAGCUAGACUGCUGCAAUGGGGGGUUUAACUUUUGAAAGAAUGCACGCAUGGGAGGCAAGGGUCAAUAUCUCUUAGAUGCCUAUUUUGUAUAUUUAGUCCACUGUAGUUACACAUGAGCUGUAUGCAGUAACAGCAAAAAGUCUUAUAAUAGUAUUCAGUUAGAGAUGGAUUGUUUGACAUGUCUGCUUAAGUUGUACUCCCUCGCCUAGUCAUUACUAUGGAUCGUUUGAUGUUAUCUUAUUGUUUUAGUGAAUUAUUGUAUGUUGUAUGUGAUCAUUAUCUUUUAAGAAAAUACAUGCCAGUAAAUUGCAGUAGUGUUGUAUAUUUAAAUGAAUGCAGUGAUAUUGUAAAUUUGUGUAAAAAGAUAAUGCAAUGUGUGUAUCAUAGCAUUGAAAGUAUUCAAUAGAAUGAAAUUAAUUUUGUUUUACGACAGAGGAUAUCAACGAAUUUGUUCCCUUCAAGAGAAGUACUUGUGCGAAAAUAGAAUUACAGUAAUUAAAAUAUAUGUUUUGUUAGAAAUUGAACCCUGACCCAGUGGAUGCAAGUUAAACAGGAUAUCCACAAAAUUCUUUAGAGAACUCGUGUAUUUUAAAUUUUGUUUCCGACAUGUUGUGGAUUUGUUUUUGAUAGUAUUAAUUUUGGGAAAAGCAAAAGGCAUGUUAGACCUGGCAUUAAAGCUGUAUAAGACAAGUGUGGUUGUAGACAAUUUAUGUCCUAAAGUAGCUGUGAUGAGGAAGAUACGUUGUAUAUCUUGUCCAUAUUUAUUUCAGUCACUUUUUAAGGCUUGCAUUUGGGAACUUGUUGACAUUAAAGAAGCGACAGUAUUGAGUGUCAGUCUUGUUUCUUCUCAUUUGCCAAAGCAUAUUUUGCCUUUUUGAUAAGGUAAUGCAUCGUGACAGACUGUGCUUGAUCUGCUUUUGUAAGGCUUUGAAAACCUGCCAAAAUAUGCUCAGCGUGUGAAUUAGGACUAGGAGCCUUUCAGAACACUGAAGACCAAAGACUGCUGUUUGAAUAAUAUUUGGGAGGGCUUAAUUAUGAGAACAUAGCUCAUAAGAGAGGGAGAGAGAUUUUGUCACCUUGUAAACAUUACCAGUUAUAAGGUGUCAACACUAGUACAAAGCCUAGCUUCAGAAUCAUCAUGAGCUUACCACUACUGAUGCUGCUGACAAGGUUCAUAUAAUCACUUGCAAUAUAACUUCAGUUAUUGAUUCAAGUUAGGUGUAUUUAUUAAAUAAUUUGUUGCAGUCAGUAUGCCAAGUAGAGUUAGGCUCAUUAUCAAUGGAGCUGCACACGUAUAAUUGGUUGCUUGGUUGUUAUUGACUAGCAUGCGCUACGUGCGCCUCACAUAUACUCUGUUUCUCCGAGUGUUAGACAACAACACUGGUAGCCAUGUUUGUAUAUCAAACGUUUUAUUCCGUAUAACAGUUGAGUACUGCAUGUUCAUGCUGACUUGGUACUUUCAUUUGAUUAAUUUUGUUCUUUCAUUUUAUAAUUACUUGUUUUAUAUGACCAGGAAAUCAGAGUGCAGCUUUUGGUUAUCUUUUCUUGUGAAGGACAAGAUUAGUGUCAUAUUGUUAAUAAAAACUUAUUUUGUUUA